GGGUGCGUGGGUGGGGUGGGGGCGUUGGGAAGGGGCUGCUUCUCUUUGUAUGAUGGGCGGCGGCGGCGGAGUUGAGAUGGAAAUUAAGGUUUCCGAGGAGGAGGAGGUCGAGGAGGAGGAGAAGAUGGUGAAGAUUGGAUCUUACGGAGGGACGGUGAGAAAGAUAUGGUCAUCAUCCACAUCUUCUUCUUCUUCUAGUGCAAAUUAUGCAGCAGCCGAGGAGACCAUGCUUCUGUGGGGAAUUCAACAGCCUACACUCUCCAUCCCCAACGCAUUCGUAUCCCACUCCUCUCUCCAACUCCACCUCGACGCUUGCGGCCGCUCUCUCUCCCUCCUUCAAUCCCCUUCUUCCUUGGGGACUCCCGGAGUAACUGGAGCAGUGGUUUGGGACAGCGGGGUUGUACUAGGAAAGUUCUUAGAGCAUGCUGUGGAAUCAGGGACAACGAUUCUUCAAGGAAAGAAAGUUGUUGAAUUGGGAUCGGGCUGUGGAUUAGUUGGUUCAAUUGCUGCUCUUUUGGGUGCUGAAGUUAUUCUUACUGAUUUGCCGGAUAGAUUGAGGCUACUGAAAAAGAACAUUGAAACUAAUCUGUAUGGAGAUGUCCGUGGUUCUGCAGUAGUGAGUGAACUCAUUUGGGGAGAGGAGCCCGAUGCGCAGCUGAUUGAACCGUUACCCAAUUAUGUUUCGUUCUUAUCUUGGACAAAACAAGUAUUGGGUUCGGAUGUAAUUUAUAGUGAAGAAGCUGUGAUGGACUUGUUGGCCACUCUACUAGAACUUUGCGGGAAUCAAACGACGAUUAUUUUGGCAGGAGAACUUCGAAAUGAUGCUGUUCUUGAAUACUUUAUAGAAUGUGCAUUGGAGGAAUUUACCAUUGGACGUGUGGACCAGUCACAAUGGCAUCCAGAUUAUUGCAGUCCACGAGUUGUGCUAUACGUUUUGGUGAAGAAGUAAUUGAAGCAAUGGGGGAAGAGAGAUGAGACCACUAAUGAGAUCCCACUGGCCAUCUUCAUUGAUUGGAGUGAAGACCAAGGGUGGCGAAGGAGGGUAGGGCAGGGCAGCGGGGAGUAGGGAAAGAGAUCGGAUUGGUCUUUUUUAUUAGAGAAAGCACGAAAUAUUGCAACAAUCACCAGACUGUUGUUGUAGGCUUGAUUAUUGGGUGUUUAAAAUGAUUGCAAUUACCGGCGAGAUGCCCAGUGCUCUCACAUACCAUUGGGAAGGAUUCAAAAUGCUGUUUUUAUUUAUUUAUUUAUUUAUAAAUAUUACUCUAAUUUACAUGUCAACGGAUUUGAAAUUUGUGUCA